UUGUGGAGCGGCUAGAUGUGUCACAGGGGCCAAAAAACCAACAACACCCAAAAAACUUCAGCUGAAAUUCUUAGAUAAUUUCCUCUGGAGAAGGUUAGCAUUUAAAUGAUUUUACCUGGAAAAGGAACCCUUCAGCCAAGGAGUUCCUAAAAGAAAGAAAUGAGUUAAAGCAGCUGGAAUAAACACUGCAGCUCAAAGGACUCAGAGAGCCAAUGAGCAGUAGUUCAUUGUUGUUUUAAAGUAAACUGGAACAAACCAUUGAAAUGACUGAAACGCUCCUGAGAUUGAAUGAGUGCUUAGUGAGAGAGCUGUGAUCUGGGAGUCCUGCACUGGGAGGAUGACAGGGAUGUUAUGGUCCUGAUUUCUGCUAAAACUUCUUAUCUUGUUUUUCUGUGAUUGGAGGAGCAGGAGCAAAGAAAGAACACAUAAAGUUAUUUUGAAGAUAUUUUUGGGAUCUCAGACCCGUCUCGUGACACCUGCAGAGGGGCAGGAGAACUCAUAACUCAACAACCACUCAAUGUGCAAACUCAAGUGAAGGACCCAGAUCCAAAGUGAGCAAACAAGAUUUUUUUAAAAAAUACAGGACAGAAAAUACAUGGGAGGAAAGAAGCCAACAGACAAAAGAAAGGAGGACUGACAGGCCUAGUCCUACAAAAGGGAGGGGGCAUAUAGGGGAAUUCAGUGCACUGAAGGAGGCUCCCCUUGGAUCACCCCAGCUGUGGUCUGGCAGUGGAUGGAAAGGAGCCUGCCAUGGAUCCUCUGUGCUUCUAUAGGAGUGACCCAUGGAUUUAUAACUGCUCCCAGAGCAAUUCCACCAUGGAAAACCAGACUUCCAAGUCCAACAUGACCUCCUGGCCAUUGCAAAGGAAUGAGUAUGUAGCAAAAGUGGAGGUGGCAGUGUUGUGCCUCAUCUUGGUGCUUGCCCUGACUGGAAACUUGUGUGUCCUGCUGGCUAUCCACACUACCCGUCACAAGCAUUCCCGCAUGUACUUCUUCAUGAAACACCUGAGCAUCGCUGACUUGACUGUGGCCAUCUUCCAGAUCUUGCCUCAGCUCAUCUGGGACAUCACCUUCAGGUUCCAUGGGCCAGAUUAUCUCUGCAGGUUGGUCAAAUAUCUGCAGGUGGUGGGAAUGUUUGCUUCCACCUACAUGCUCUUGCUGAUGUCCCUGGACCGGUGCUUGGCCAUCUGUCAACCCUUGAGAUCUUUACACAGGAGGUCUGACCGGUUGUCUGUUCUCCUCACGUGGAUAGUGUGCCUUCUGUUUAGCACCCCCCAGCUACAGAUAUUUUCCUUGAGGAAAGUGAAACAUGGGGGUUUCGAUUGCUGGGCAGAUUUCAUUGAGCCUUGGGGAUCUAAAGCCUACAUCACCUGGAUAACCUUGUCUGUCUACAUCAUCCCCGUUCUUGUGUUGAGUGUCUGCUAUGGUUUGAUCAGCUUCAAAAUUUGGCAGAAUGUGAGGCUAAAAACAAUCCAUGACACCAGUACAAAUCUAACCUCCAGUAAUGUCCACAGGGGCACACUCUCCAGGGUCAGUAGUGUCAAGCUCAUUUCCAAAGCCAAAAUCCGAACAGUCAAAAUGACCUUCAUCAUAGUCUUAGCUUUCAUCUUGUGCUGGACUCCUUUCUUCAUUGUGCAGAUGUGGAGUGUAUGGGAUGAGAAUCCUCCAAAAGAAGCAUUGCCAUUCGUCAUCACCGCGCUCCUAGCAAGCCUAAACAGCUGCUGUAAUCCCUGGAUCUACAUGCUUUUCACAGGUAAUCUUUUCCAUGACCUCUUACGCCGGUUCCUCUGUUGCUCAUCACGGUAUCUAAAGUCUCGGCAAGGAUGUGAUCUGAGUAUCAGCAAGAAAAGCAACUCCUCCACAUUUGUCCUGAGUCUCAAAAGCUCCAGCCAGAGGAGCUUCACACAGCCAUCCACAGCAUGAGGAGGAAGAACCCAGCUCUCCACGGACUGUGCUGCGACAAGUUGGCUGGAUUGGUUUCAGGAUUGGUUUCAAAGCUAUAUUGGGAUGUGGGUUGGGGUUGGAUGUAAAUACAUAUAUAAUAUAUUAUAUAUAAAAUAUGUUAAAAUGUGUGUGUGUAAAUGUGCAGGGGUAUUUGUUAUUUAAUUGAGGGGCAGGUAUAACAGAAAGAUAGCUGUCUUCUAAGAAAUGGAUCAUAGUCAAGGCUCUGUUCUGUAAGGUUUAAACGCAUACUAGACUCCAUAGUCUGUAGCAUCUGCCUACAUGGACAGACCAGAGACAUAAUGGAGCACUGAUCAGAUGGAACUGGUGGAGUUUUCCUAAGCCACAUAUGCAGCAGAAUAAUAUGGUAUAGCUUGCCCUGGACUGAGGUAUUGAGAAUGCCUCACCACAUAAAACUGUGGUGCCCUGCCACAAAAGAAGCUCACUGCACAGAGAAAACCAGUAUGUCAUAUAUAGACUGGCCUAACAUGCUGGUGUUUGUUGUUUUUUGAAAUGAGGAGUGCAUUUCACAAAGGAGUGCUCAAAAAUGGCUCUUAGACCAAAAUCAAUAUUUACAAACAUUCAAGUUUCAGCAUAUUUUCAGUGGCACCAUUUCCAUUUUGCUCUGAGAAAUGUUGAAGAGACAUUUCAAUUGUGAAGUACUGGCUGAUUGUAAAUAUUAUUGCAUGCUAACCAUCAAGAAUUGUCAAAUAUUUUAUAUUUUGGUUUGUAAAUAAUUUUCUGAGAAACACAAAAGCUUAUCACAGUUCUUGAGAACAGCUGAAGUCCACUUUCUCUGCAUUGUACACUACAGGGGGGCGGUGAUGCUCGGUGUGUUUUAGGGCACUCUCAGAUGGUUAUGGUUGGUAGUGAGGCCCAACACUGCCUUGUGUGAACUGAAUAUACCCACUAGAACAUAACCCAGAAUUCUCUGCAAUUCACAAGGCUGUGCCAGUCAUACAUAAGUUUCUUGGCAGACGGAGCUACUAUUCACAUAAUGGUCAUGUCAGCUAUCAGUACUGCUCAGUUCUUAAUACUGUUGCAUGUCAACUAUUAAACACUGCAAAACAGGAUUGUGUAGAGCCCUGCUGAGAAAUGUCACUUGACUCAGAAAAGCUCACUUGACUUCCUUUUGAACAUUCACAGGUGUGACUCUUUGAAAGUUCAGUAACCCUGCAAAAUAAUAACUGUCAGAUAUUAAAUACUGAAAUCAAAUUUCAAUGGAUGUCAAAUACAGACAUUCAUCCUUAAGGGAAUUCAGAGAAGUGUUGAGUGUCUAUCAAAGCCUGCAAAGAAGAGGUUUGAGAAUUCUUUGAGAAGCAAACUCAUUUCAGCUCGACACAUUUGAUGUGUUACAGUCCUCAAGAAGCUGUAUCACAAUUCCACUGCAUAUAUAGGUUGGCUCCGUCACAUCCAGGCAAGAUCUCUUUAGUGGCUGGGAAUAAGUCUGAGGAUGUUUUCAUUGUUUAUUUUUAUCUGCAUUUCAUCAGGUUUUCAUUUUUGUAUUUUUAAAUUAUCCAAAAGGAUAGUAUAGAAUAGACAUUUAAUAAAUAAUGCUAGUAGUAGUGAGAUAAUCUUUUCUGAUGAUGAUGUUCCUUGUCUGAAAGGAAAAUCCCAGCAAGGGUUCAAAAUAAGCACUGCCAGAUUGUGCUCCAAAGUUACUGCAGUUUAGAGUGAUUGAAUCUGUAGGAUUUGAUUCCAAACAUAAAUAUUUUAACCUUUAACCUUUGCUUUAGUGACUGAGUGUGUUAUGAAUAUUGCAUAAGUAGUGAGCCUUGAAGUGCUCACUCGAGGAAAUGCACUGGAGAAGCUGGGUGACAGAUCCAUUGUCCUUUUACAAGGCUACACCAUUGUAACACCACCACAAUGAUUAUUCAGGAGAAUUUACUGUGACUUACAGGAGUAAUUCCAUUGACUACUACUAAUAUUAAUAGCUAGUCUGCAGGCCUUUCCUAACAUAUCCUUGCAAUUUUUGGUAACAUCUGUAGAAUCUUAUGAAACAUGGAAGUUGGCCCAGUGAUUUAAGAAGAGGACCUUAUACCACUCAAGUGCUUAGGAGUCUGCAAGUGUAAACAAAUUGAUAUUAAUUUUUAAAAGUUGUAUUUAAGAUGGACUCUUAUUGUUGAUAACUUUGAUAAAUAUUAUGUGAAUAUUACUUCCUUGCUGUGUAAUUCACCAAGUCAUAUAUGUACCUAAAAAAGGAGAUUUCGAUGUAAAUAAACGUUUAUGUUCUUCUUUAA